UCGCGGCUGCCCUCCAGCUCCCUGGCCACGCGGCUGCCCGGCAGCAUGGGUCCCCGGCCCCGCGCCCCGCUCGCCGCCCUCCUGCUGCUGCUGCUCGGCGGCGUGGGCACCGUGCACGGCGACACACCUGCCAACUGCACCUACCCCGACCUGCUGGGCACCUGGGUCUUCCAGGUGGGCCCCGGGGGUUCCCAGCACGAAGUCAACUGCUCGGUGAUGGGACCACCAGAAAAGAAAGUCGUGGUGCACCUUAAGAAGAUGGACACAGCCUAUGAUGACUUGGGCAAUUCUGGCCAUUUCACCAUCAUUUACAAUCAAGGCUUUGAGAUUGUGUUGAAUGACUACAAGUGGUUUGCCUUUUUUAAGGAUGUCACUGAUUUUAUCAGUCAGUUGUUCAUGCAGCUGGGAACUGUGGGAAUAUAUGAUUUACCAUAUCAGAGGAACAAACUGGUUAUUACAUAGAGCAUCUGUUGAGGGGCUCUUUUAAAACCACAGCCCC